AUGGCAGGAUAUCUGAAAUCUUGGGACAGCUCUAUUGAUCUUGUUAAUGUCCUUAAGCAUGAGAUUCGUGACGGGCAACUGAGCUUUAGAGGCAAAAGGGUCGAGCUUGGCUGCACCUAUGGACUUCCUGGGAUUUUCGCUUGCUUGAAGGGAGCUUGCACAGUGCACUUUCAAGACCUCAAUGCAGAAACUAUCAGAUGCACAACCAUACCAAAUGUCCUUGCCAAUCUUGAGCAAUCUUGGAACAAGCAGACCCGACAGCCAGAGAGCCCCUUGACUCCAUCAAGACAAACUCUGGCUCCAUCGGUGCACUUUUUUGCAGGGGACUGGGAAGAACUCGCCACAGUCUUAUCUGUGGUGAAGUCUGAAGGGUUUGAAGUGACACCAGGGAUGAGUCUAAGCUUCUCUGAGGAAGAUUUCAUGGAUGGAUGUAGUAGCCUAGAUGGUAGCAUGAUUUGGCAGGAAUCCUCCUCAAGGCGAUCAAGAAAGCUUUCGGGAAGUCGUGCAUGGGAGAGGGCCAGUGAGACUGAUCAGGGAGAGGGUGGGUAUGAUGUUAUUUUGAUGACAGACAACCCAUACUCAGUGACCUCUUUGAAGAAACUAUAUGUGCUGAUAAAAAAGUGCGUGAGGCCUCCUUAUGGAGUGGUCUACUUAGCCACAAAGAAGAAUUCCGUUGGCUUCAACAGUGGAGCGCGGCACCUGAGAAGUCUGGUAGAUGAAGAAGGCUUUUUUGGAGCGCAUUUAGUCAAAGAGAUGGCGGAUAGAGAUAUUUGGAAAUUCUUUCUCAAGUGAACAGAAAAUACAGAGACUGCAGAAAAUUAGCCAGUAACCUCCCUUAAAAUUUUUUAGAUAUUUGUUAAUUUGUAUGACACAGAUCACAUGCACUCUUUUUUUUUUUUUUUCCUUUUGGGUGGGGGGUGUUGAGUAAUUAAUGGAUUUAUGUGAAUCCAAUUGUCCUGCCAUGGCUUCUGUAAUUUUGUGUUACCCCUUCUUUUCAGAAACAAAUGUGCUCCUUUUGUUGAAACUGUAAAUCACAAGAUUUACUAAUUUUAU